ACAGACAGAAUAAUACUACGCGGAAGUUCAUUACCAUUGGUGGUCACACUACUCAGACACACUGGUGGUGGUUGGUCAGAACCCAGAAAGCCUCAAGCAUUACAGAGUAAACAACCGUGUUGUUUGUAAUGGCAUGGCCUUCCCCUCAUCCUCGAUCCAAAACUUUGCAGCUUCCCUUACCCUUCUCUCCAUUCUUCUUUUCUUCCUAUUUUUCCCUCACCCCUUCAAUAACCAACCCCACCCAACCUCAAUAAUCCCCCAUAGAUCCCUCCUCAACCAAUCAUCUCCUUCCUGCUCUUCCAUCCUCCAAAUCCCACCUCAUCGACGCUGUUCUUUCUCCAUCUCACACUGCGGUGGAGACUCCAAUGGCCUCUUCAACUAUUCUUCUCUCCACUUUUGCGUUUUCGGAGAGAAUCGGUUUCUUUCAAUCCCCUGUCUCGCUCUCAUUCUUCUCCUCCAGUUCUAUAUCCUUGUCAAGACGGCGCAGGAUCGAUUCUCCAUCGUCGUUACAAAGCUAGCCACCCUUCUAAAUCUCUCUCCUAGCAUGGGCGCAGUGACCCUUCUUGCUCUUGGCAAUGGUGCGCCUGAUGUGUUCGCAUCGGUUGCUGCCGUUCGCGGCGGCCACCCACGGACGGGUUUCGGUGCAAUUCUCUCGGCGGGUACUUUCGUUUCGGCCUUUGUUGUUGGUUUUGUUGCAAUUUAUGCUGCUCCCUUCUCCGUCGAUCCAGCUCCAUUUGUGAGGGAUGUUUUCUUCUAUUUGAUUGCGGCACUUUGGUUGUUCUCUGUGUAUUUGAGUGCGGAGAUAUUUCUUUGGCAGGCAAUUGGGUUUGUUGGGUUUUAUAUUUUUUUCGUGGGGUUCGUGUUUUGGAUGGAUGUGGGGAUCGAAAGAGGGAGGAAGGGGGAUGAAGCUGAGAUGAGCUUAGUUGGGGAGGUUCAGAAGGGUCUGAUAAGGUCAGAUUGCGAGUAUGGAGAAGUGAUGUUGAAUGUGGAGAGAGAAAAGCCGAGUUUGGGACUUCUAGGAGCUCUUGGAAAGAUAUCAAGAGUAUGGGAAGUUCCAGUUUCAAUUCUUCUCAAGCUCACAAUUCCACAGACAGCACCUUCUGAGUGGAGCAGAUUCUACCUCUCGGCCAACAUAGCAUUGUGCCCCUUAGCCCUUCUAUACACAUGCAGCUCAAUCAUCCCGUUGGACUACARAAUUGUAUUUCUCCUUCCACAGACCCACUUUCCUCUAUGGUUGAUUGUACUCGUUGCAAGCUCCUCUCUUGCAGUAUUGCACUAUGUAAUAGAAAAGGAACCUCCAGAAACUGAGCAGAUGCCCGUAGUACUUGUAGCAUUCAUGAUGAGCGUGUUUUGGAUAUCCACUGUUGCAGGAGAACUUCUGGACUGUCUAGCAGCAGUGGGGGCUAUUCUUGAGUUACCUCCUGCGCUUCUUGGGCUGACAGUACUUGCUUGGGGCAACUCAGUGGGAGACCUUGUUGCAGACGUUGCUGUUGCCAAGGCAGGACAGCCUGCAAUGGCAAUGGCAGGAUGCUUCGCUGGGCCUAUGUUCAACAUGCUAGUUGGGUUGGGUACAGCAUUAGUGAUGCAAACAGCAGAUGUGUAUCCACUGGCAUAUGAGCUCCGGUUUCACAUCAGUAUUGUGGUUGCCUUUGUGUUCUUGUUGUCCAGUCUGAUGGGGUCUCUGUUGGUAGUUACUUGGUUUAGAUUCCGGGUGCCAAGAUUCUGGGGGUUCUGCUUAAUCGGCCUCUACAGUCUCUUUAUAAUGGUUAGCUUAGUGAUUGCCAAGUUUUCGGAGUAAGGGAGAGGGACCAACCUCUGGAGGGGGAUUUCUGACCCACAGGUAAAUAAUUUGCGACAUACGUAUAUUUGUUAUUCCUUUGCCAUUAUUUUAACCAAAAUAUUUGUUCUGUAUUAAAUCAAACCUAAAUGAAUUCAUUCAUUCAGCUGA